AUGAAAAUGUUCAUCUGGGCUCUUCGUGAGCUGGGUGUCAUUCAGGUUCCAUCUUUCUAUGCUCUCCGGAAGAUGCAGACCAAAUUGCGUGAAUCACAAGGGGUCCCAUGUCUCGAAUGUACCUCUGUCCAAGGCAAUGUUUUCUACAUCAACGACGUCAGAACUGUUAUCGCUCAUGACUGGCUCAACCCACACAUUCGCAAGAAUAUUCAUGUCUAUCCUGAAAUUUCAACAGAUGGAGUCGUAACAGAGGUGUGGCAUGCCGAGAAGUGGAGAAAAGAAAUGGACGUUGACCUCCUGAGUCCAAUGUAUGACUCGGGGUUAAAAUAUUACUAUGUCCAUAAGUUGAGUUGCAUGAAAACAGGAGAUUUUGUCAUCCUGAUGCGUUGGAUAAUGGUAAACGGGCGGGUAUGUGCAGAUUCCUACCGGGUCACUUUCGACGAGCAGAAGAUGGCCUGCGUAGUCGACUCCGAGGCUAUUCAAAUCUGCACUGAUGACUUGGAAGCAAACUUUCUUGAUCUUCUCGAUGAGAAGAAUAUCCCGGAGAAGUGGUCAGAGACUACCAUCACUGCAGGGUACCCAAGCCGGAUGCCAAAUAGGUAUCGAGCUAUAGCAAAUGGUGAUCCCCUGUAUGUUAGUUUUAUUGACUAUUUUGGAGACGAUGUUUCCGGUAAUCGAUCCAAGUCUUGGAACAAGCACAACAAUUCCUACAUUACACACCGAAACCUUCCACGUAGACUGCUCCAUCAAGAAUUUCAUGUCCACCUCAUAUCAACCUCGCAGCAUGCUACUAUAUCUGAGCAGUAUCAUUCCGUCAAGAAGUUGAUUGACGCAACCCACGAGACCCCCAUCAAAGUUUUCGAUACCACUAGCAGGCUAACGACACAAUUCAUGCUUCAAACACAUGCGGGCCCUUCGGAUAACCCAGCCCAGAGCGAUGUCUCCAGUCACAUUGGAUCAAUGGGCAACCAUCCUUGCCGAAAGUGCGAAAUGGGGGGUCCAGAGUUGAGUCGUGCACAAGGUCAAGGAUUCCACACCGUAUUCAUGCCCGGAAAUCCUCGAACAAAGGAGAAAAUCAGGAGCGAGCUUGAAGCACAAGUGAAAAUGGCAUGCAGCGGUAUUGCAUGCUCCACACUCCAGACACGUCAGAAAGAAACAGGAACAAAGGAUGCCUACAUGGAGUACUGGAUUGAUAAUCUCACCCAACGUUACAAUGAACUCCAGAAUGGUGAGGCCAACAAGAGCGAGGAUGAAGCUCAACAGAUUCUCUUUGAAUGGGCAGAAGAGCAUCAUGACAAUAUUUACAACCCCUUUCUUUCCACCAAUGGUUUCAACCCGGCUUGUGAUACACCUGUCGAGAUCCUCCACACCAUUCUACUUGGUGCUGUCAAAUAUAUCUGGCAUUAUUCAAACACCAAAUUCAUGGCUCACCAGAAAAUUCUUUUCACACAACACUUCCAAGCGACCAACUGUGAUGGCCUUUCAAUACCUGAAAUCCAAGCAGGAUAUAUUAUGAAGUAUGCCAACUCUCUCAAUGGAGGCCAAUUUCGGCAAGUAAUCCAGACAAUUGUCUUUCAUAUUCACGACAUCGUUCCCGAGGAAUACCUGGACGUGUGGAAGGCUGCCAGUCAUCUCUCGGCACUCUUGUGGCAGAUUGAAUUAGACAAUAUCAAGCAGUAUUGUAACGAUAUUCAGAGAGCGGGAGCAAACGUUCAGGAUAGUUUCGCUGUCAUCGACGCCACUAAGAUGCUCCAAGAGUUCAAGUUACAUCUUCUCGGGCAUCUGACAGAGGAUACUCUCCGCUUUGGCCCACUGGUAGGGAUGGCUACGGAGACAUUUGAGUCUUUCAAUAGCAUGUUCUGGUCAUGCUCAGUACUAUCAAAUCAUCGGGCGCUGAGCCGUGAUAUAGCCCUGCAGAUGGGAAACCAGGAGAGCUUAAAGCACCGUCUAUUUGGUGGUUAUUGGUACGAUAAGGAUCAGAGCAGAUGGACGAAGGCUGGAUUGGGAGUUCAGGAGAUCAUGAGUAGUCACCCUAUUCUCCAGGGAAUGCUUGGGUGGUCACCCGAAGUGAUACUUCCAGCUGGCACGGUCAAAAAGGUGCCUGCAGGUCAUAAACCGAACAAUACAAGAGAAAACUGCAAGGAAUCCUGUAAGGUCAAGCUCAGCGACACGUACGGGGGGAUGGCACUCAACUUCACUUCAUAUGAUGAGGCUUCGACAUGGUCAAAGUGUCGAAGUGUUAUUGCUGUCUCAGGUGAUGUCUGUAACGUUGGAUCGUGGGUGUUCUACACCUCUCCAGUAAUGGAAAAGGCUGAGAUCGGACGUAUCAAGGAAAUACUCACAGAUGAUGAACAGAGCCUUGCCGUGCUCGAGGAGUUUACCAUUGCUCCAACCAGAGACAUUUUUUUUAGCCUGCCUUAUGUCUUCAGACGACAUGAUGAGUAUAGUUAUGUUAUUGUACGCACCCAGAACAUCAGUUUUUUGCAGAACCUGCAGCAUGACUGUCGUACCAAUGGCUGUGAUGCGACUGGGACACGGAAACGAAUCAACGAACGGAAGGAAACCGAUCAGAUGCAAGCUUUCAUUGAACACAAGUCUGACCGACACUACCUGAUAAAUCUCUUUUCAUUCCACAAUGCUCACCUCGUCAGGCAUGUGCUUCCUUGUGAACUCACUGUGCCUGUGAUGAUGUUUCCAAAUCGACUUGAAAAACAUCUCGAGAUCACGAAGGACCUCUACAGCUCCCUCAUCAUGAAGAAAGCCGAGACUCAAAAGAAGCGCGCCAAUACCAUCCAGACAAAGAAGAGGACGCUCGAAGUGGACACUCAAGCCGAAGGUGGAGGAGAGGGUAACUUGAGCAUUGAGCUUGAAGGGGAGUCGGGAGUGCAAGCUAAUGGCUUAAAUAAUCGCAAGAAACGGCGUAAAAAGUAG